GAAAUAAAUGUAUAGAUGCAGAGAUUCUAUGACGUCUAAAUGAUCUAUAGAUCUUCAUUGAUUUUAUAGAUGUUGGUAAAAAAUUGUCAGGUAUCUCUGCAUUGAAACUUUAUCGGAUAUAGAGAUUGAAACCUUGCUGAAAUUCUUUUAUCGGAUGUUGUGAUCUAAAUAUAUAGAUAAUUGAAUAAUUGGGUACUCAUUUAGAUAAUAUUCCCUACUUUUCAUGCCCCCAGCGAGUAGCUCUUUCCAAUUGAUUCAUAAAACGAUGGUUCUAAAUGCUCGGUGGAUUUUCUGUGUAAUAUCGCUGUAUAUCAUGGGGAUUUAAAACAUCAGUGAUGAUGCAUGUUUUUAAACAGACAGAUAUUUUAUUGAAGGAAACUCAAGCAUUUUUUGGAGGAACUCAUGCUUAACAUUUCACAACUUUUCUUUCCUGUGGGUGCACAACAUUGGCUUAUUUGAAACAUCUUUACACCCUCUCAAGAUCUAAUUAUGGACAAUAUUACCCAGAUAUACUCCAAUACUUCUUCAAUACGAUUUGCAAGCUUAGAAGAGGUCAAUAGGUCAAUAGCCAUUUUACGUCUUCCGACGGUUAUCUUUUUGAUAAUUUUGAUAAUCGUAGGACUAAUUGGAAACACGACUGUACUUGUCAUAUAUUCCCAGAAGUAUCCACCCUCAACAUUCCGAUUGUACAUUCUGACUUUAGCGGUGCUUGACUUGCUCUCUUGCUUGAUUCCAAUGCCAUUGGAAAUCGCCGACAAUGUAUACCCGAUGAUGUUUUACAGCGAGCCAAUCUGUAAAUAUGGUCGUUUUUUAGGUAGUGUCCUUAAGAUUGGAUCUGCAUUUGUUCUUGUUGUAAUAGCAGCGAGCAGGUAUAAGAGGAUAUGUCAUCCAUUUUCCAAGGCCACCAGCUUAUUGCAGGCUCGUAUUUGCUGUGCAUUAGCGAUAGUUCUUGCUAUUGCAUUUUCGUGGCCAAAUGCAAUCUUUCAAGGAAUAAAACGUGUGUAUUUUCCAGGGAAUAUUACUGGUUUUGAUUGUUCUAUUGAUGACGCGGCUAUAAACACCAAAUAUCCCUUUAUCUAUUCUGUUAUACUUUUUGUUGUGUAUGUAACGGUGUUUUUGUUAUUAACUUCCUUGUACUCUCUUGUCAUCGUGUCCCUCCGAAAACAAGCGAAAAAACAAAGAACUAAAAAUCUCGGUGAAAGACUUGACAGAACAAACCCAAGAAUUACGAAACUUAUGAUUGCAAUCACAGCGGCAUUUAUAUUGUGCUAUUUACCAGACUGUGUAAUGGAUGCUGUGUCUGCCUUCAAGAGAGGACCCAUUUUCCCACCAAGUCGCUUUAUCUUGGGGACACUUCCUCUUUUAGCCAGAGCAUUUUUCAUCAACAAUGUCAUCAACCCUUUCAUAUAUUUGAUCGGAGAAUCGAAAUUCCGAGAUAUCGUAAAACAGUCAUUCAGAUGGAUUUUCUACACCAUCUGUUGUCGUACUCAAAAACGAAUGAAGAGCUUCGCCAUGGAAGAGUAAUUUGCUUAACGGAAAUAUAAUCUAACCACGACUUAAAUGUUGAUAUUGAUGUAUAUAUGAAGUCAUUGUGUUGCCCUAAAUCAUUUGUUAUGCAGAAGGAUAUUGAGUGUGAUGGUUCAAAUGGUUAUCUUUAUUUCUUUUUAAGGAAUAUGAAUGAUUUACUUGCUUUUAUACUUAUACGACUAAAUAACCUGUGCACAGAAGGUUUGGAGAUGUCAAUCAAUUGAUGAAAUACUCCUUAAGUCAUUUUUUUUUAGCAUUUUUAGAAAAAGUUCAUUUAUGAAUCUACGUUGAGUUUUGAUGCGUAUGCCCCCGUAAUCAAAGAUUCGAGGGCAUAUAGUUUUUGGUCUGUCCGUCUGUCUGUCUGUUAAUCAGUCUGUUUGUCCGCAAAAACUUUAACCUUGGCCAUAAUUUUUGAAUGGUUGGUGCUAGGGCUUUAAUAUCUAUAUGUGUAUGCCUUUUGACAAGACCUUUCUUUGGAUACAAAUAUAUUUGAGCUUUUGGCCUUGACCUUGGAGUUUUUCUUUUGCAAAAUCUAACCAAACUUUAACCUUGAUCAUAACUUUUGAACGAAAACCUAGGGCUUUUAUAUUUCACAUGUAUACUUCUUGUGAUAAAACCUUUCCCUAGGUACAAAUAUAUUUGACCUUGACAGUGGAGUUUGACGUACUAACCUUGGGUAUAACUUUUGAAAAGUGGGUGAUAUGACUUUCAUAUAUCACAUAUGUAUUCCUUGUGACAAGAUAUUCUUUUGAUACUAACAUUUUUGACCUCAUGACCUUGGAGUCUGACCUACAUUUGAAAAAAAAACCUUUAACCUUGAUUUAAGUUUUUGAACGGGUGCUCACGGCUUUCGUAUUUUACUCAUGCAUUCCUUGUGACAAGACCUUUCCAUUGGUACCAUUAUUUUAUUACGUCAUGCCAUUAACCUUCGAAUAUGACACUAUAACCUUGGCCAUAUUUUCUUAAUGGGCAGUAAAAGGCUAUUAUUUUUUCACGUGAUAGUGGUUCAUGUUUCAUACUAUUUGUAAGGCCAUUAUUCAAAAUCUCUCAUUCUACACUCAAGUUCACCGAAGUUGAUAUGGAAAGUUGGUUGGAGUUCCUCAAUGACAUCUUUUAUGUAGUCUUUGGAGACCAGGUCUUCCAACAAUCUGUUGGAAUUCUCCAAUAGGCACUAAUUGUGUUCCUUUAUUAACCGACCUGUUUUUAUAUUCCUGUGAAGCAGAAUGUAUUCGAAAACUUCUACAUGAAAAGAAGAAAACACUCUCAGUGACCUUCAACUCGACAUUCAGAUAUAUCGAUAACGCAUAUUGUUAUCAAUUUACAAUAGUUACUUCCAUUCAUAUGUCGAUUCGAUAUAUCUCAGUGAAAUCGAAAUAAAGACACUACAGAGUCUGCCA